AUAUUCGUAAUAUAAAUGCGAAAUGGUAAAGUCUGCCGUACCUCUUGCUUUCGCUGAUUUUGAGUAAACUUUUUAAUUCGGCAUGCAUUAAAAACACAAGUAAUAACCAGUAACAUGUCCUAACUCCCGUCCCAAUAUCUAUAUGUUUUGUUAGGUGGUAAUGAGUACGUUUCUGUUGUGCAGUGCAUUGUGGGAAAAUGUUGUUAAUUAAAAUCACAUUAACAAAACUAAACGAAGUAAUGUAGUAUAUAGAGUCUUUAAGUGAAGUUCUUAAACAUUUCCAACUUGUUACAUUGCACAACCAAACCUGACUGGAAUGAAUAUGUUGACAUUGGUACCCUGUGUUUUUGGUAGUGGUAUCGUAUUUGUGUAAAAUUAUGUUAUGUUGUGUUGAAAAGUAUUAGACUACAGUGAAAUUUUAGAAAAAUGUUUCCCUCUCUAAAAUAACUGUUUAUGAAAAUACAAACUCUGACCUUACAGCAUGAGAAAACAAAAAUUUAAAAGCUCUCUCUGAUUUAAACAACAUACUGAACACAUAUUGUGACCAUUCAUUGUUGUCCUAUUACCAGCCAAGAUGCCUGUUAUGUGCAGCAGCUGCACUGAGAAACGUGCUGUGCUGAAACGUCCAAAAACCAGCCACUCGCUCUGUAAGGAGUGUUUCUUCUGGGCCUUUGAGGAGGAGGUACAUCAGACCAUAGCGGCUGCACAGCUAUUCAAACCUGGGGAGACGGUAGCAAUCGCAGCCUCAGGAGGAAAAGACUCCACCGUGCUUGCACAUGUUAUGAAACUCCUAAAUGAGCGCUACAACUAUGGCCUUGAGCUUAUGCUUCUCUCAGUGGACGAGGGAAUCAGUGGUUACCGAGAUGACUCUUUGGAGACAGUGAAGAGGAAUCAGCAGCAGUAUGAGCUUCCGCUGAAGAUUGUCUCGUAUGAGGAGCUCUAUGGCUGGACUAUGGAUGCUAUAGUGAAGCAGGUAGGACUGAAAAAUAACUGCACCUUCUGUGGUGUGUUCAGAAGACAAGCCUUAGACAGAGGAGCCCUCAUGCUGAAGGUGGACAAGAUAUGUACAGGCCACAAUGCUGAUGAUGUGGCGGAGACUGUUUUGAUGAACGUCUUGCGAGGCGACGUGGCUCGACUGCGCCGCUGCACUGCCAUCUCCACGGCCAGCGAGGGCGAAGGGGUUGUGCCACGCUGCAAGCCUCUCAAAUAUGCUUAUGAAAAAGAAAUUGUCCUGUAUGCUUACUUUAAGAAGUUAGACUACUUUUCUACUGAGUGCAUCUAUUCUCCCAAUGCUUAUCGUGGCUAUGCAAGGACUUUUUUAAAGGACCUGGAGAGUAUAAGGCCAAGCACCAUUGUGGACAUCAUCCACUCCGGGGAGACACUGUCUGUCCGGGAAGGAGUGAAGAUGCCUGUCCAGGGAAACUGCAGCCGCUGUGGCUACAUCUCAAGCCAGGCGCUGUGCAAGUCAUGUGUGCUGUUGGAGGGCCUGAACCGAGGUCUGCCUAAGCUGGGAAUAGGCAAGCACCACCGCCUGCAUGAUAAAAUCCUCUCCCAGCAGCCUUUUACUGAGAAUGAGGAGAGAAAGCUGAAGUCAGUGGAGUUUUGACAAUCGAUGACCUGUUUUAUUGACUAUGAAAUGAUGUUUUAUAUGGGAAAAUUUCUUGUAUUGAUUUAUUAUUAGCCAAAUAUUUAUUGAAACUUUUUAUGGACAGUUUAUUUUGGUGAACCAGAGAAAACCUCUUUUCUUAAAGCAUCUUCACAGCCUAGAACGUCUGUUCACUGCUGUUUUACAGUUUCUAAACUGGAAAACUGAGGUGUUAUGCAGACGUACUUCCCAAUUAAGAAAUGGUUACUUCAUUAUUCGACUGAAUACUCGCAGAAUGAAAGAUGUAUCCAGCCUUUUUUUGGCCAUCAAUGUAUUUUACAUAAAGACAGAAAGUGUUCAUUCAUUUCAUUCAGUUCAUAUAUUUGAACACAUACUUUAAAGGAACUGGAUGUGUUUAUAGUAUAUUAAGGGUGUGGGAUGGCUGUCUAUGUUUCCAAGUUUUGGAUUCUAACACUGAAAGCAUAAGUUGUUUUAUUUUUUUUUUGUGUCUCAGUAAAUCUCUCUUAUCCUGACAGCUAUGGUCACCUUGUUAGAUUCUUUAUGAAUUAUGAUUUAAUAAAUGCAAUUUC